UUGUUGUUUUUUUCGUGUGUGUUUACAGCGUGGACGGAAACGAAAACCGAUUUCUCAGAGAGUUCGUUGGUUGUGUGCCUCAUUCGGCCGGUUGUCGGUUGGCCAGGUGGCUUCAACCAGAGUCGGUCGUCGAACCGGAUUCGUGCGAGCUUUCACUGUCCACGGCCGAGGUGCGGUGUGGAUGGCCGGCCAAAUUCACAGUCCGAACGCGUGACCAGUAUGGUAACCCGGUUCAAUCGACCGGGUUAAAGGUGGAAUUCUUCACUCAAUCGAACUGCAAAUCCAAAGCCAACCCAUACAUAGACAGGGGCUCUGGUGCGGUGGACGACAAGUAUUUCGGUGGACACCCAGUGCCAAAAACUUAUGUCCCAUAUGAAACGGUGGUCAAGGACAAGUUCAGAUAUCAAACCAUUACAUUCAUGAAACAUUACGAGAAUUAUUCGUUUGAAGAACUCCGCCUGGCGUCACCGUCGGCAAAAGGUGACUCGGAAAAGCUUCCGAUGGAGUCGCAGGGCAACGGUACUUACACCGUGUACUGGACGCCGAUGGCCACCGGAUAUUACGACAUCAGGGUGGAAGUAGACGGAUAUCCACUGACGAAACAAACGAAACACAUCGACGUGAAAGAAGCGCCUUUCAACGGCGCCAAGCCUCCGGAUCACGGACUGGCGCUAUCGUCUCCCGCCGCGAAAUUGCUGCAGCACGUGGGCAAAUACAGCGCCGGACUGCGGAUCCGCACGCACCCGUCCCUCCAGUCCGAGCAAAUUGGAUUCAUCCCCGUCAAAGGGAUCAUCGGGUACACUGACGAGAUGAGCAACGACGACGGUGAUUGGGUUUUGUUAAACUCGGAAACGGUGGAACGGUAUUGCCAGCGGAGCGCGCUGCACAUCGAAGCGUGGUGCAUGAGGGCCAACAAAUAUUUGAACAGCGAACAGUUUUUGGUGCCUGUGAAUGGGAAAACCGGUGGACCGAAAGCGCCCGCCGCAGCCAAGGGAGACUGCAGCGACAAACGUGCGGCCGUCGCGAGACCGGACAUACCGAAGCAGCCAAACAGAGAAGUACCCAAGUCUUCAUCGAUGCUUCCACCGCCACCACCGCCGCCACCACCACCACCACCACCACCACCACCUCCGCCACCGCAACAGCCGUCUCCUGACCACUCUGCAGGGCAGCCAGUCGACUACAAAGUCGUUGUGUGCGGUGCCUCGGGGCACAACAUCCGGAAUCAGCCGACGUUUAAGGCCACACCGGUUGGUAUGCUCGUUCAGGGCAACAUUGUUCAGGCAGUGGACAGGGUGACCAACGGCGAGGGCGUUUGGAUCAGACUUUCCGACCAGUGUGCUGCGGCUCACUGCGGCGUUUCAUGUGCGACAGCCUGGUCGCUGGCAGCUGACACUUCACAAGUCAUCUACUUGAAACCGGAAAAAGAUCAGAAAAUGGAGCGACAAGACAUGCAGUGUUUCGUGCAGCGAAUAGACAACGAGGUUAGAGACCCUAAAGUGACCAACAGGAGCAACAACGCCAACACGCAGCCACCACGUUUCAACACGAGUUCGUACGUGAUCGAGCAGUUGGACAUGAUGGACGAUAACGAUAUGAAAAUCGAAAAAUUGGAAAAGCAGUACUCGCCUAAACGGAAAAAGGACGCGAAAGCGAUAGAAGGACUAAACGCCAAUCCUUUGCCGAUACCAUAUCAUCGGCCCGUAGGCCAGGACAGUCGGUUGAGCAACGGAAAUAUGGUAAUGAUGCCACCGAGCAGUCCACGCAAGACUGCCGGCAAUAAGUACGCCGUCGCGGAAAAGGCCAAACAACAACCGUACAAAAUCGGGUGCAAAGUUGAUGUUACGGGUUCCAGAAGAACGACGUACAAUCAUUCGUUAUCGGCGUCAAGCGAUACCACAGCACCACCGACCACCAGUUCGUCUUCGGUUGAUACCCAUAUGACCUCAAGCCUGUCCACGUCCGUCGAGAGCUCAGCAGAUCAACCGGAAUGUUUGACUAAAGUAGAAAUUUUCCCUGGCGUUGCACAAGCAGCUACACAAACGACGCCGGAAAAUGAGAGAGUCAGUUUUGUACCUAAUAGUAAAAUAAAACAAAAGUUGACACUAAAAAAUCGUUCAAAUUCGAAAAAUGAAUUAAAAACUGAUCCUGUCUCUUCACCAGAAUCCAAAGGUCAACCAGAUAUAACAUUACAAGAACCAAAACAAACCGUGAAAAUGGCGUUAAGUCCGUCGAUGGCAGAGAGCCUCCGUGCCGUGUUUGCCGCGUUCCUGUGGCAUGAAGGCAUCGUCCACGACGCUAUGACCUGCGCGUCAUUUUUGAAGUUUUAUCCGAGUCUUCCCAAGAACGGAGCUGUGGUGACGAAACGGAUGACUGAAAGGAACAAGGACCGCGGCCCGCAGAGGCAUUCGGUGGAAGUGACGACCGGCGCAGGCGGUUACCGGCACAUCCGACCCAACGAAGUGAACAGGCCGAAGCCUGGAAUGGCGUUACCGGCCGAGGGUGCCAUCACCGAGGAGAGCAUGACCAGUUCCAGUAACUCGGAACUAGCAGACAGCCAUCACGCGCAACCGGAACCGUCCGGGGGUGGAGGCGAGUGUCGGACCACCGUCAAUUUUCUGCCGCCUGCCCUCAACUGCAUGGUCAGGUUGUGGGACCAGAUCGCGGCCGACAUGCUACAGAUAAUAACUUCAGUUGGCGUGGUGCGCAAGUCUUCUCCUAGGCGGACAGCGGACAGUAGCGGUGAAAACGGCGAAAACGACGGCGACAGGUCGUCAGUGGAUCCGACCACGCACGCUCACAACGAGCGGAUAUUCCGGCGACUGGUGCCCAACUACCAGGCCAAGGAGCCCAUGUCGUGCGAGCUGUGCGGCGACACGUUUGCCGUGCCCGUGUCCUAUCACAUGCUUACCACUCACCCUGGAUGCGGUCACAGCAGCGGCGGGCGCGGUUACACCAGCAAUGGUACCUACAAGACCGGUUGGUCGGGCGCGUGCGGCGAAGGCGGUAUCGCGUGGUAUCUGCUCUGCGAGUCCUGCCGCAGCGAUUACAUGAAGCGCGCCAAGCCGCCGCAGCCGCCGGCCGCCGCUUCCGGUUCCGGAUCGUCGGCUCCUCGUUCCCGGAAGACCGGCGCUCGACAGACGGUGAUCACCUACCCCGCCGCCAACGACGAUGACGACGGUCAUGAUUUCUCCGACUCGGACGACGAAGGUGACGACGACCGCAAUGGCUGGAACCCCAAGCUAUUGCAGCCCAAACAGCUGCAUGGAAUAAACUACAACGACGAGCUGGUCGACAGCCUACACGUGACGUUCAAAGAGAACGCCAUGUUUCUGUUGGACUUGGCCAGCACCAGCGGCGGGAGACUGACCGGCGACGAGCCGACAUCAACAUCGGGACCUUGGGCCGUUGGAGAGUUCAAAUGUCUGGGCAGCCUCGAGACUCCUGCAGCCUGUAAAGAACUGCUGCAUUCCGACACCUGCAACGAUGCACUUCUGCAACAACUUCACGACUGCGAUUCAGCGGGGAUCUCGUCCGCGGGCCAAGAUGCAGUGGAUGGAACCGUGAUGCGGAGCUUUCACCGGUCUGUGUCGAUGGACAUCGAGAAGUCACCGUUAAGACGCCAAGACAUGAUCAACCGUCGGAAACGGAUCAAUAGUGCCAUCGAUCCUGACAACGGAUUAUCACUGGUAUGUAUGCCCUCGGCGGCCGUACAGGCGCUUGUUCCCAGCGUCGACAACACUACGAUGGUGGGUUGUUCAGCCGACGGUAUAAUAUCGAACAACGAAAAUGUGUCCGAAAUAAACGUUUUCAACAGACCGUCGAUGGCGUUUAUUGUCGAAGCACACAAUUUGGCAGAUCUCAAAUGGGCGAUGAAACAAGCGGUGAGGAAAGCCGCAUGCCGCAGUUACGCUCUACAAGCACUCAACUGGUUGCUGCAUGAAGUGUCUCGAGCGUCGUGUCUGCACGAUCUCUUGUGGUGGUUUGUGAUAGCGCUAUCUGCCGAAGUCCGCACGGUGGACGGGACCAAUGACUCCACUGACCCACGAUGUCGACAUCCUCUUAGUGAUUUAUACCUAGCUGGUGAAUCCGUCAACCCAUUACCGCAGGUGUUUUAUCAGUUUUUGCAGACUGUCUCUGAUCUGAUGCUGUACUUACCACCGGGGUCUGCGCUACAGAUGAUGGCCGUUCGCUGUUGGGAUAUUAAUUUUACCGCAUCUGAUCACAUGUUUUUGCAUAGGAGUAAAGUAUUUAGUAAUAUCAGCAAAAUAUUGUCGCACAGUGAAGAUUAUCAAGACAUUUGCGAAGACACACAGCCAGGUGUAUCUUUGACUGAUAACUUCGUUGUGUCGUCGCUCAAAGAUAUAACGGAAAAUACAGAAAUCACUGCAACUAGCAGACCGGCAAUGGUCCCGAAUUUAAUCGAUCGAACGACUGAAACGUUUUGGGAAUCAAGCGAAGACGACAAAAACAAAUUCAAAACAAUCACGAUACAAUGCAAUCAUGCGUCUGAAGAACCGAAAGCACUUUACGUUCAUUUCGAUAAUUGUCGCGAUUUAAAUAACAAAAUAUCAACGGUAGUUUUUUCGUCCGGCCAAACCAUCGAACAGCUGAAUAAAAUACAAACAAUCGAUGUCGAUACUCGAUUCAGUGGUUGGCUUGGAGUUUACAUACAUGACCAAUCGCACAAAGUCCUCUGCAUCGAAACACGAGGGGCAGACACGUCGGUGCGUGUAAGACAAAUCAAAGUUCUCGGAACCGUGUCGGGAGAGUCUCUCUCGCACGGCCGCCAAUACAGUUACUCUACCAUACAACAUCGGCAAUGUGAAAAUGAAACACUAAAAGUGUUCCGAUCUAUCACAUUCCAGGUUUUCGGGAAACUAAUACAAGGAAAAGAGACGUCGAUGGAUUCUAGUGUUGAAGAAAGCAAAGAUCUAAAAGAGCAUAUGGUCGGAAUUUUGUUCAGUCAAAGCAAAUUGACCCAUUUGCAAAAACAAGUGUGCACUCAUAUAGUAGAUGCCAUCCAAAAGGAAGCAAUCCUAAUGCGCGAAGAGUGGGAAAAGUCCGUUUGCAAAAACGAUACCACAUCUAACAAUGGUACGGCUACACCGACCGACUCUUAUUGUUUCGAAAUGCUGUCGAUGGUAUCAGCUCUAAGCGGGAGCAACGUCGGUCGAUCUUAUCUAGCAAACCAGUACGAUCUGCUGUCGAACUUGUUGAGCUUAUUGCACACGGGCAGCGCCAGAGUCCAAAGACAAGUAACGUUAUUGCUCAAACGAGUAUUGCCGGAGGUAUCUCCUAGCGCGUUGGCUUCGUUGACCGGAUCUCGACUACCUUCUACCGGGUUUUCUAUUGCCAGCCCAUCGUCUAAAACCUACCAGGUAGGACUGCUCGAUAGUUUCUUGAGCAUUAUCGCGAAAGCGUUAAUAUUGCAAGUGAAAGUGAAGGGUGCAAACGGUAGCAAAGUCGUUAAUUCGUUGAAACUCCGUGACGUUGAUUUGGACGAAGACAAUUCGUUGUGGUAUCUCAAAGGGUUUUCUUAUAGAAAACUGGCCGAUGACAUCAUACAGAUCUUAUGGGAUUUGUCAAACGGAAAGUUGGGUGGUAACAAAAACUGGAUCGACACGACCCGGGCAGCGAUUGCCGAAAACAUUCUAAAAUUGACAAGAAUAAGCAAAGAACACAGAACAAUGGAAUCGUGCAUUAAAAAUCCAGUAUUGUGGUUGGCCCUGGCUUCUCAUUGUGUGUUGCAUCCGGAGCAUGCGGAGAGGUUAUCGUCUGGUCAGUGGUUUAAACCAGAAGAUUCGAAGCCAGUUCCACCGAGACCACUGUGUACGAACCACGACGACGGCGAGACCGCGGCAUCGAUACAAUGCCUCACGUGUGGAAAUCUUUGUGUCGACUGCGACAGGAUCUUACACUUGCACAGGAAAACCAAACAUCACCAGAGACAAGUGUGCAAAGAAGAAGAAGAAGCAAUUCGAGUCGACUUGCACGAAGGGUGCGGGCGGACCAAACUGUUUUGGCUACUUGCGCUUGCCGACAAGGCCACUUUGCAAGCGUUAGUCGAGUUUCGCGAUACGACGUCCGGCUCUUCAGACUUAUCGGCACCGGUUGCCAGGGCCAACGUGUUGCAACUUGCCAGAGUCGGAGUCUGUCGGUAUUGUGGCAUGGUCAGCAACGAUGGAUUGCUCGCUAUCGGCAACGUCUGUGCCAACGACGAGUGUCAGUUACACGCGCAAACCGGAUGUCAAAGAAUAUUGAAAUGCGGCCAUUUGUGCGGGGGAAUCAAAGGCGAGACGAAAUGUUUACCGUGUUUGCACGGGUGUGCCUCUGACGAAAAUCCGUCUCUCAAACAAGACGCCGAUGACAUGUGUAUGAUUUGCUUCACGGACGCCCUGUCUGCUGCACCGUCCAUACAGCUAAUCUGCGGACACGUGUUCCACUAUCAGUGUUGCAAGAGAGUGCUGAUCAACAAAUGGGCAGGACCCCGGAUCACGUUCGGAUUUCAACAGUGUCCUAUCUGCAAGACUCAGAUCGAGCACGCGUGCCUUGCCGAAGUCCUGGCCCCGAUCAGAGAACUUAUGGCCGACGUCAAGCGAAAGGCUCUGAUGCGUUUAGAAUACGAAGGCGAUUGUACGAUGAAAAGCGAUCACGCGGCCGUUUAUGCCAUGGAGAAGUACGCGUACUAUGUGUGCUUCAAGUGUACAAAAGCCUACUACGGCGGCGAAGCUCGGUGCGAGCUGGACGUGGGUGGGACCGACUACGACCCCGCUGAACUGGUGUGCGGAGGGUGCAGCGACGUGGCCCGAGCUCAGAUGUGCCCCAAACACGGCACCGACUUGCUCGAGUACAAGUGCCGAUACUGCUGUUCGGUAGCCGUGUUCUUCUGCUUCGGGACGACCCACUUUUGCAACGCUUGCCACGACGACUUUCAGCGAGUCACCAACCUGUUGCCCCAGGAACUACCACCGUGCCCCGCAGGUCCGAGAGCGACGGCUUUGAACGUUGACGAAUGCCCACUGCACGUCAAACAUCCGCCAACGGGUGAAGAGUUCGCGUUGGGGUGUGGAGUGUGCCGAAACGCUCAUACGUUUUAAGAAAAACUAUAACGACUCGAUAUCACAAUUUUACUGUGUUGUAACAUUUAUAACACUGCACCAGAACUCUGCCCGGUCCAUAAUAAUUGUUGUUCAUCCGUGUCUGUAAAAUACCCAUACAUUUUUCUGCCUUCUGUCUCUCUGCUGCCGUUUCUGCGACAAGCCAGAGGGUCGUGAACCGCUAUCGCUAAAAAUACUGCGAUUGUUACUCAUUCGAGUUAGAUAGGAACAAAAAAAAAAAAAAACACUUCGACAGCAAUCGAUUCCUCCU